AUGACGAUGAACGAACCGGACUUCAUGAGGAGUAGGAUCGAUAGGGAAAUUAAUGAACUUCAAGACUGGUUAGUGGGACGUCUGGAUCCACAAGAGGCUAUUCAACGUCCAGCUAUCAUUGAUGUCCAAUGUUACCCUAAAUCGGACUUCCCACGAGAGAUAGAGAAUUUUGCCCUAGGUUCCGAAAGAGCACCCUAUACACAUCAAAAAUCGCAGAUUCUGUGUGUAUUUUGGCAUUUGUUUGGCACAUUUGGGUACGACGUACAUCACAAAGACCAUUUACAUUUGCUAGAACCUACAAGGAAAAAGACAAUAAUUGGUAGAACUGCGAAACUCUACCCACUGUAUGAUGGCGAGAAGCCUAUAGAUUUCCAUUUCCUGAUAAACUACCAUUUUCGAGAACUGGAAAUGCCAGAUAUUGAGGUACCUCAAGAGGAUACAGUAGUUUGGUGGCCAAACAUCAUAGUGUACCUUUCGGAAGUAUACCGCACCAUGGUACAGAUGGACCAGACUAGUCAAGACGCCAUGCAGAGGUUCUUUGGAUUCUUUGCGCGGCCAUAUGUCCGCAUGCAGGAAUAUUGGAUUAUGAUCGACGAAAAGGUACAUAACAGACCUACUGAAAAGGAUUUCACUGGUGGACCAGAUGCUAUUGAUCAAAUAUACGAGAACAAGCCGGAUGGUGAGAUGAGAAUCAAACUAAGAAACAAAUUUGAGGCGUACAUAUCCCGAGAUGUAAGCCGAUGUAGGUUAGAAGAUAUUAUUGCUGUGAAUGACGUUGAGGGCUUGACUGCUACACAAAAACGCAGGCUUCGUACGGUGGCAGCAUACCUAAAGUUCUGGGGUGACAGUGCCCCGGUAACGCCUCGAGCUGUACGAUAUGCUCGCCCGGGAGAGAAAAGCCAAGGUGAACCGGCUACUAUUAUUGAUCUCGUUCAUAAGUUGGAUAUGAGGGAGCCUAAUGAUCGAAUAGGGCCCAAAUUCUUCCCUGCCAUCAGCCCUCGCUAA